AUGCAGACCUCAUUCAGUGAGCCAAGGCUUUUGAUUCACUGGUCCACGACCACCAGCCCAUCAAAAAGGUGCUUUGGGAAACAUCCAAUCAUUGCUUUCUGUCACACUGACUAUCUCAUGAGGUUUGUUGACAUUGGUAUCCCCGCCAACAAGAAGGGAAAGCACAGCUUUGGUUGUCUUUUUCUGGCUUCUUGCUCGCAUGGUCCUUCAUAUCCGUGGAACCAUUCGUCCUGCACAGAAGUGGGAUGUCAUGCAAAGACUGUGUGGCUUACUCUAUACAUUGCUGUGCUGGUACAUGUUGACAUGUUCUUCUACAGGGAACCCGAGGAGGCUAAGCCAGAGGAUGAGGAAGAAGUUGCACCUCUACUCCUGAGUAUGGAGGUGGAGACCACUGCUGCAAUCCCUGAUGCUGCAUGGCCAGGAGAAGCUCAGGCACCAAUCUCUGCUGCUCCUGUCGCUGGUUCAUGGAACGAUUCAAGCGUUGCUCCAGCAGCAGAAGGUGGAGGGGACCCGGCUGUGCCACCGCAGUGA